AUGGCAUAAUUCCAUAUCCACUAAAUAAAUUAUUUUUUAAUUAAAAAAAAAAAUCAGGCUAGGGGAUGAAUUCCCCUUUCUCCAUUGCCCAUUUGCUCUGAUCAACAAACUCCCCUCUUUCAAACAACAAUAAUAAAGCAAAAUCAUCUUCCAUUUCAUGGAUUACCAGCAAGAAAAUUGAAAAAAAUACCCAAAAAAUCAGCGGCCAUGCGCCACCGGAAAUCAUCGGAGCUAAAGAGACCAGGAUCUGACCUCCUUCAACAACCUGAAGCCGACCCACCUCGUUAUCGGGGUGUUCGUAAACGACCAUGGGGUCGAUUCGCGGCAGAGAUUAGAGAUCCGAUUAAGAAGACUCGAGUUUGGCUGGGUACCUUUGACACCGCUGAAGACGCUGCACGCGCUUACGACGAUGCUGCACGCUCUCUCCGUGGACCUAAAGCGAAAACCAAUUUCAAUAUUUUACCUCUAACACAGGAUCCUUAUGAUGGGCCGCAUCAAUUUGAGCUUUUCCCUAAUUCGAGACCGGCUUCUAGCAGUAUGAGCAGUACGUUGGAAUCAUCUAGUGGGCCUCGUGGUGGAUCGGGUAACAAGCUGACCCGGAUGAAGAUUCCUCGCCCGGUUCUUCCGCCGGAAGAUUGCCGGAGCGAUUGCGAUUCGUCGUCAUCUGUGGUGGAUGAUCGUUGUGAUGUUGAUCAGACGUCGUCGUUUUUGACCAAACAACCUCUGCCGUUCGAUCUGAAUCUGCCGCCUCCAUCAGAUAAUGCUGGAGUUGAUGUUGAUUUUGAUGCUGAUGAUUUACACGUCACCGCCUUAUGUCUCUAAUUACCCUUCUGUUACGGUGAUGUUUGUUGUUAAUUAAUUUGAUGGUGAAGAAAAAAGAGAGAAAAAAAAGAAGUUUUUUUUUUUAGUUUUCUUUGUCAAAUCUACUUACUUUUUUCAAAUUUUCUCGGAAAAAAUGAUGUACCCAAAUGGUGAAUGAUGAGAAACAAAAUGGGUUUUUAGAUUAUGUGUAGAUUAGUGUAAUGAGUCAUGAUGCGAUCUGUAUUAAGAAAGAUUGUAUCUGUAUUUGUAUCUGUACCACAAAAAAAAAUUGGAUCUGAUCUUGAGUUACUCUGUCAUCUCUUGAUCUAGUUUUCCUUGCAUUUUUUUUUUGAUUUUACCCUUUUUGUAUAUAGGAAGUUGGAAUUUAUAAUAAGAAUUUAUACUUGCUCA